AUGACUCUAGAUUGUCCGAAUAAGGUCAAAGGAUGGAAUGUUUCGGUUCGAUUUGCAGCCCACAGCGGAUGCAGGGAGCUCGCGGCAAAGAUCCUCGAGAUUACCAAGAAUGCGGAUCCAUCCUCGAUUACGCUGAGCGACAAACCCAAUGGUGCAGAGCAACAGCUUUCUGGUCUUGUUGGAUACACUCUACAAGCGCUAAAUAUCAAACAUGGCGACUUGUUAUAUCUCAAGUAUAAGACCUAUGAUGAGCAAGGUCCGAGAGGGCAGAGUGCGACUACUACUGCGGCAUCAACAUCAAAUGCCUCCGACGACAAGGCGGAACCGAAGCGCCCUUGGGAGCUAGUAAACGAGGAGCCUGUUGAUGUUUAUUGGCGCUCUAGAGAUGGAAAGAUUCCGAGAAAGCGUGAUGCCAAGUUUUGCAAGCACGGAGACAAAGGAAUGUGCGAUUAUUGCAUGCCUCUCGAGCCCUAUGAUGCCGGAUACCAUAAAGACAAGGCCAUCAAGCAUCUUUCUUUCCAUGCGCACCUCCGAAAGUUGCAACCAGCGCAAGGAAGUACCCUUGCCUCUUCGUCGUCGACCGCGAAUCUCCCUCCGCUUCAGCCAGAGUCCUACUCGGUAAAGGUUCCUUGUCCAACCGCAUCGCAUCCUUCGUUUCCUCAAGGAAUCUGUACAACCUGUCAGCCUGCAGCUAUCACGCUUCAGCCGCAGACAUUCCGUAUGGUCGAUCAUGUCGAGUUUGCGUCCAAGGAGGUUGUCGAUCGCUUCAUUGAUGGCUGGAGAAAGACUGGUGUUCAACGAUUUGGGUUCCUCAUUGGACGAUACGAGCCGUAUGCUGAGGUCCCAAUGGGUAUCAAAGCUGUGGUCGAAGCCAUUCAUGAGCCUCCCCAACAUGGCGACCCGGACGGUCUAACUGUGGCUCUUCCUUGGGAAGACGAGAAGCGGAUCAAGGAGCUCGGUAGCUGGUGCUAUCUGGACGAGGAGAUGAAGAAGAAUGGAAAGGGGCCAAUCGAGGUCUUGGGGCAAAUCUUUACAGACCUCACCGCUCAACCUGACGACCGAAGUAAGCUAGUGUACAAGCGGCACCCUCAAAGCUUUUACAUGUCAAGCUUGGAGGUCAUAUUUGCUGCAAAAAUGCAAGCGGCGCAUCCUACGGUCACAAGGGGCAGUCGGACGGGAGAGUAUGGCAGUCGCUUUGUAACAGCCAUCGUGACUGGAACCGAAGAAGGUGGCGUGGACAUUCAAUCAUUCCAGGUCUCGGAGCAGGCAGUGGCAAUGGUCCAAGCCGACAUGAUUACAGCCUCGCGAAAUCCGCAAGUCAUAAUCGUGCAAAAGGAGACCGAGGGUCGAUAUAUACCUGAGGUCUUUUACCGAAGCAAAAAUCAGUAUGGCAUUGAAGUAAAGGAGAGUGCAAAACCGACAUUCCCAGUCGACUUUCUUCUUGUCAACAUCACUCACGGCUUUCCCCUUCAACCUUCGCCACUGUUCCGUUCACCAAAGGGUUUCCCAAUUGAGAACCGUCACGGAAUUGAAGAGCAGACAACGGACAAGCUCCUCGCCGAAAUUAAUCAAAUAGACGCGGCAUCUGUCGUCGCAAGUCCAAUUGAUUCGUCAUUCGAGGCCAGACGAGCACGCGAAAAGGUAGCGAAAUGGCUGAGUGACUGGCAUCUCCUCGCGUAUUGGAACCAGGUUGAAAUUAUCGGUCGGGAAGAUAUAAAGGCGAUUGCCAAAGUGGCGACUAGUCCCAACUUUGAGGAAGCAACGGUCUUGGAUCCAUUACUCGAGCGUGACGGGUGGCAAACACUCACAGCGGUCGCGGUCGAAUCAGCUCCGUCCAAAUCGAGGAAUACCGGAAGCUUGUCUCGACCUAUGGAUAAUGACGGCUUUGAAGAGAUACCACCGGAAUUGCUCGAAGAGAUGGGCAUGGACGUGGACAGUGGCAGCCGUCCUCGUAGCCGUCUUGACACCGGACCUGGCGCGUCGACAAGCAGCGGCACGAAGAUGUGUCCUCACUGCACGUUUGAGAACGAUGCGAGCGCGCGUGAUUGCGAAGUGUGCGGACUGCCCCUAUAG